AUGGCCGAAGCACCAGUUAGGUCUCCUAUAAAAUGUCCGGGGCUGGGCAGAAGGGACACAAAGCCAGUCUUGUUUAAUGUGCCCAGGAAACUGCACUCUGAUUUUCAGGAGGAUCUCGUCUAUAAGGACCCCGCCAGACCCAACGUUCAGAAAACAUGCACCUUCAGAGAGCUUGUCUACGAGACCGUGAGCCUGCCCGGCUGUGCCCAUCAGGCCGACUCCCUGUAUGCUUACCCGGUGGCCACCGCGUGCCACUGUGGGCCGUGCGACACCGACAGCACCGACUGCACCGUGCGAGGACUCGGGCCGAGCUACUGCUCUUUUGGUGAAAGGAAAGAACAAAGCCCCGUCCCCCUUCUGGGCAUCUAG